UGCCCUCUGCCUGCCUCCGUGGCCACCAGCCUGAAAGCCGCCUUCCCUGCGCCCUGGUUGCCGCUGCCCGAUCCAGCCCAGCGCCUGCCCUCCCUGCCCACCCCUGUCCCCCUUGCCAUUGGCUGCCUGCCAUAUUGCCCUCUGUGCCAAUGA